ACUAAAUUUGUUUAAAUAACAUUGCUACGCACGAAAUGGAUUUAGAAGAAUUAAUUAUUGUAUCUGUACAAGAACACACAUGUUUGUACGAUUUAGAAUCACCUGAUUAUAAAAAUAAAACAAAAAAAUAUUCAAUUUGGAAAAGCAUUGCCCAUCGAGUCAGCAGAAUGUUUAACAAGCCGUUUACAGCUCAGAAAGUUAAGAAUAAGUGGAAAUAUUUAAAACAAAAAUAUACAGAAGAGCAAAAAAAAACAACAAUUUACGUUCCUUCAGGCUCAGCAGCUAUCAAUACCUCUAGUAAUUGGAAGUAUUUUACUUUAAUGAUGUUUAUGAGAAAGUUUGUGAAACAUCGAAAAACUGACAGCUCAUUUAAAAGAAACAAAAAUCAAAAUGAUGACGAUAGCAAUGAUAGUGAUGAUAGCGACGAUAGCGACGAUAGCGACGAAGAUGACGUCGAUAAUAAUAAUGAUGAUAUUGAAGAUGGUUCAACUUUUGAAGUUGAUGACGAAGAUUCAGGAGAAAAUAAAGUGCAGACGAUGGAUCCCAAAACACAAGAUUAUUUAUCAAUCAUUAAAGAUGUUUGGCUUCAAGUUCCUCAGCACAAUAAAAUAAAAUGCUUCAGUAAAAUAAUGAAGAUUAUUGAAGAGAAAAAAAAUUAA